UAGCAAUUGUUUCGACAAAAUGGAUAAGCGACAAGACUUUUGUCAGGGACUGUACUGCUUUUGUCCACAAGCACAGCCAAACUCAACAAAAAACGAAAGCUCCUUUGGGCUGCUUUAAGAUCAGAUAAAUAAAAUAAAAAUGAAAACUGGGGAGAAGUGAGUAAACCUUGGUUUGCUACGUUUCUUACAGUUUAAAAACAUUAACAGUAGAAAACAUACAGGAGGAUAUUUCUGUCAAAGCAGCUUCCUUCUAGAGCUCAAAAAAUUCAUAUGGAUUAUUCUUAUGCUAUGCUAACUCUGAUGCAUGUUGGACUUUUAGUAGCAAAAUUAGUGGUGUGUUCCCUACCUCCACAACAUUGACGUCUUAUAGAUUACUCAGAUUACUUGCAGUGGCUGCUGCUGGCGGGAAAAAACUUCUAAUAUCUGUCGUCUUCAAAGGGGGCGGAGGAGGCAGCGGCAAGUUGUAUUUCUGUCAGGGCUGUGAAUGUGUGUGUGUGUGUGUGGGGGGGGGGGUGGUCAAGUCAUCAGCCAAUCAAACAUGCGUUUGAGGGUAAAACAUUUAGCAAGUGAAAAGGGGUCGAUGUAAGUCUGACCAUAAUGAAAGUACUGUAAUUCACUUUCAAUUCAAUCCAAUCUAAAUUACCUACGUAUAUACCUGAAGUCAUUAUUUAAUGAAAAUAAGCUUGCUUAAAUGUUGGUGGGGACAAUUUCAGCAUCCUGAAAAGUUGCUAGUGUUAUGUCCCUACCGUCCCUAUGCAAAGAUACGCCCUUGAAUUAUAUGAGCACAAAAUCCGAAAAAGUAACAUUUUUACUUAAUCAUUGUGUCAGGAAGGGGUGUGAGGAUGAUGAGGGAGGGAGGGAGGGAGGGAGUGAUGAUGAGGGAGGGCCUGAUCAACUAACCUCAGCCUCCAUUCACCAAUAAACACUAGUUGUCAUUAAAGUGUCACUGGCAAAUUGGAUCAUCAUUAACACUAGGUAAAUCUGUAUGAAAGUGAGUCAAAGUGAGUAUGCUGCUCCAGAGGCUGUGCUCCAGGAUUCAGCUGGACCCCCCGAAACACUACUGGAGGACUACCCGAACCCUCUCACAAGGUCAACGUGGUGGUGGCCCUUUUGCCCACCGUGGCGAGCUGCGCCACGCCAAAAGGAUCGUGGUGAAGCUGGGGAGCGCCGUUGUCACGCGGGGCGACGAGUGCGGCUUGGCGCUGGGACGGCUGGCGUCCAUUGUAGAACAGGUGGCGGUACUGCAAAACCAAGGCCGGGAGAUGAUGAUCGUCACCAGCGGCGCUGUGGCCUUUGGCAAACAAAGGCUGCGGCACGAGAUUUUGCUGUCCCAGAGUGUUCGGCAGGCGCUUCAUUCGGGUCACAGUCAACUCAAAGACAUGUCGAUGCCCGUUUUGGAGGCUCGAGCAUGUGCGGCCGCCGGGCAGAGCGGUCUGAUGGCGCUGUAUGAAGCCAUGUUCUCACAAUACAGCACCUGCACUGCGCAGGUUCUGGUGACUAAUCUGGACUUCUAUGAUGACCAAAAACGCAAGAACUUGAACAGCACGUUGAAGGAGCUACUACGCAUGAACAUCGUGCCAAUUGUUAACACCAAUGACGCCGUGGUGCCCCCGCCGCAGCCUGACAGCGACCUGCAGGGGGUGAUCAGCAUUAAGGACAACGACAGCCUGGCGGCACGACUCGCCGUGGAGAUGGAGGCUGACCUGCUCAUCGUGCUCUCCGACGUGGAAGGACUCUACAACCGCCCCCCCGGAACAGACGAUGCUAAGCUCAUCGACAUUUUUUAUCCUGGAGAUCAGCAGUCUAUUACCUAUGGGACAAAGUCCAGAGUUGGUAUUGGUGGCAUGGAGGCUAAGGUCCAGUCGUCCAUUUGGGCGCUUCAAGGUGGCACCUCGGUGGUCAUUGCCAAUGGCACGCAUCCUAAAGUAACGGGCCACGUCAUCACUGACAUUGUGGAGGGCAAGAAAGUGGGCACGUUCUUCUCGGAGACCAAACCGGCAGGCCCUACUGUUGAGCAGCAGACUGAAAUGGCACGCAAUGUUGGGAGAAAACUAGCAGCAUUGCGACCGGAGCAGAGGAGCGAGAUCAUUUGCCGCCUUGCAGAUCUUUUGAUUGAAAGGAAAGAUGAUAUCUUGUCUGCAAACAAGAUGGAUGUGGAUCUUGCCGUCAGCUCAGGUCAACUUCCAACCGCCCUUCUGACUCGUCUGAGUCUGUGUCCGGCCAAACUUGACAACCUGGUUGCUGGCCUCCGCCAGGUGGCCUUGGCCGCCCUUGACUCUGUGGGUCGCGUCAUGCGCAAAACCAGGGUGGCCCAUAAGUUGGAGCUAGAGCAGAUCACCGUGCCCAUCGGGGUAAUUUUGGUCAUCUUCGAGGGCCGGCCGGACUGCCUGCCACAGGUGUCAGCUUUGGCUAUUGCCAGCGGCAAUGCCAGCCUGCUGAAGGGUGGCAAAGAGAUGGCCAAUACCAACCGAGUCCUCUACGGGAUCACCCAAGAGGCCCUCGCCGUGCAUGACGUCACAGAAGCCGUGCAGAUGGUGAGCACCCGCGAGGAGGUGUGGGACCUCUGCCGACUGGACAAAAUGAUCGACCUGAUCGUCCCUCGCGGCUCGGCCGAACUUCUGCGAGACAUCCGCCGCGCCGCCAGGGGCGUCCCCGUUUUGGGCCACAGUGACGGCAUCUGCCACGUCUAUGUGGACGCCCAAGCCAGCCCUGAGAAAGCCAUAAAAAUCAUCAGAGAUUCCAAGUGUGACUACCCGGCGGCGUGCAAUUCUAUGGAAACGCUGCUGAUCCACCGGGACGUCCUGGCGAUGCCGUUUUUUGACCAAAUCAUUGAAAUGCUGCGCACUGAGCGAGUGAAAAUCCACGCCGGGCCGAGGUUUGCGUCCUACCUGACCUUUAGCCCACUGGAAGCGAAGUCCAUGCGCACAGAGUACGGCGACCUGGAAUGUUGCAUUGAGGUGGUCGACAGCAUGCAGGCGGCCGUUGAACACAUACACAAAUAUGGCAGCUCGCACACUGAUGUCAUCGUCACUGAAAAUGAGGACACAGCCGAGCGGUUCCUGCAGCAGCUGGACAGCGCCUGCGUCUUCUGGAACGCCAGCUCCCGUUUCGCCGAUGGCUACCGCUUUGGACUCGGAGCAGAGGUGGGCAUCAGCACAGCGCGCAUCCACGCCCGGGGCCCCGUGGGCCUGGAGGGGCUGCUUACCACCAAGUGGGUCCUGAGGGGGGACGGUCACGCCGCGGCUGAUUUCGCCCAACCCGGUGGUGUUAAGUUCCUUCACGAGGAUCUGCGAACGGGUCGGGCCGACGAACGGCAGCAGAUGAAAGCCCAACGUGUGCGUCACGAGCAAGAUUGACGCACCAACUCUGGCAAUCAGUUCUCCCGACAACGAACAAGGACGCAGACCAGCGCGCUUUGUCCUAAAACAAGUAGCGCCAGGCCAGAUAACAAAGUUGAUAGCGGGCGCUUGUGACGUCAAGACCAGCGUCGGUCGCUGUGGCAACCACGUCCCAUCCAUGCAUGAACCUAAACAGCCGAAACCAGUCAGAGAGGGAUGCAAGCAACGCCCGGACACACCUUUGGCCGGCCCACUACACCACGGACUUAAAAAACACUGGACACUGAGAUAAGACAGAUUUUUGCUGCUCAGACACAUUUUCUAUGUAGCCUUGCUUUGGAUUCAGCAUUGGUCCCUCCGUCGUCUGUUUUUGCCUUGUAUUUGACCAUUGUCGACGAAUAAAUUGUCAACCUGUUUUCGG